UUCUUUCCAUGCUCUCUUGGCUUCUGCUGUUACCCUUUUAGCAAUUCUCUUCCAGAUAAAGUUUCCUGGUGACACCAGUCCCUUCCAUGUCAGUGGCCAGCCAGAACAAAACUCCAAUCCUGAGAGCCUUCGCGAUGCUUUCCUUGCUCCUCAUUGGCUAAGAGGUUCAGCAACACAAAGCAGAUGUGCUGGUAAAAAUUUACAAUACAUUCUCCCUGGCCUUUUCUUUUUUUCUUUUUGCUUUGGGCACAGAAGCAGCAAAGAGAAACCUGAUUCUAAGAAUUCUGCAGGUUGCAGCUGAUCUACUCUGCUGUGCUCUCCCUGAGAUGCAGGAAAUGUUCUAGUUAAUAGACAGCAUACAUUUGAAAGCGGAGCAGAGCAGAGUGGGUGCAGCCAAGGUUUUUGAAGAAGAGCAAAGCUGUGAACUGAAUUGGCUGGUCUGAGUGUACAAGUUUGCUACUCUGGAUUACACUGGAUGUGAAGCAUUGUUCUGCAUCAUGGAGAAGUUAUCUGGGGCUUGCCGUCAACAAGUCCUUACUAUCACAAUGCUGCUUUUGAUCAAGCAGGUGAAAGGAAAUUUUGAAAAAACAAUAACUAGCUUCCUCUCUUAUAAAGAAACAUGUCUGAAAAUGUUACAGGAGACUACAGUCAAUAUCGGAGUAUAUUGCAAUGGGACCUUUGAUCAGGUUGCAUGCUGGCCUCAUUCGCCUCCAGGAAAGGUCUCCGUUCCUUGUCCAUCUUAUUUACCAGGACUAAGCAAUGGAAGUGCAGGAAAUAUAUACAGAGUCUGCACAGACCAAGGGAUUUGGCAAACGGUUGAAAACUCCAGCCAGGUUUGGAUGAACCGUUCAGAAUGCUUUGGGGACCAGCAGCUCUCCUUCAGAAAUGGGGACGAAUACACUUUGUCUGUCACCUUGAAGAAUCUUUAUACUGUGGGAUAUUCUUUUUCUUUUGCUUCCCUUGUCUUAGCAUUGAUCAUAAUGCUACUGCUGAGGAAACUUCACUGCACGAGGAACUACAUCCAUAUGAACUUAUUUGCUUCAUUCAUCUUGCGCACCAUAGGGGUUCUUAUAAAAGACAGUGUGACACACCAUACUUAUUUUUUCAUUAUUUUAGACACUGAAAAACCAAAUGAUUUAAAUGGAUGGACGUCCACCUUGGGUUCAGAGAUGUUAGCCCUAUGCAGGAUGGCCCCACUUUUCAUGCAUUAUGUUGUUGGGGCAAAUUAUUUCUGGCUCUUGGUGGAAGGAAUUUACCUUCAUAGGUUAUUGACCACUGUGGUCUCUGAGAAACACCAGCUGGUGAAAUACAUCUUUAUUGGAUGGGGUAUUCCAGUGCUUUUUGUCACUUCCUGGGGAAUAAUAAAAUACCAACUGGAGCAUGAAGGAUGUUGGGCAACGCAUCAAAACAUGGCAUUCUGGUGGAUCAUUCGGGGGCCCAUAUUAUUUUCCAUUCUUGUGAAUUUCAUUAUCUUCCUAAAUCUUCUAAAGCUGUUACAUUCCAAACUUAAAGCCCAGCAAAUGAAUUGUCGUGAUUACAAAUUCAGAUUGGCAAGAUCAACGUUUGUGUUAAUAUCAUUACUUGGAAUUCAUGAGAUUGUGUUUAGCUUCAUCACUGAUGAACAAAUUGAAGGCUUUUACAGACACAUAAGAAAUUUUGUUCAACUGACAAUUGGCUCCUUCCAUGGAUUUCUGGUUGCACUUUUAUACUGUUUUUGCAAUGAAGAGGUAAAAACUGAAUUACGCAAGCAGUGGUCCCGUCUCUUGCUGGCUUACCCCUUUCUUGGAAAAAACAUCAAGCAGCUAAAAAGGUAUCCAAAGAAAUCCCAUUUGAACAAAAAUGGCUUCCCUAUCAUGGUGCCUUCUACUCAGUGCAUCCAACUGACAAAUCAGAGAACAGGCAGCAGUUGCAACAUGGAGCUCAACCCCCCGUUGAGACACAAUCCCAGAAUGAGCAUCUCCGACAGCAGUGAAGGAGAAGUCACAACUGGGGAGACUAUAGAAGAAGCCUUUGAAGAAAGCGAGAAUUAGAUUUGUAACUAAUGUAAAAGAAACAGAGGAACGUUAUUGAGAUUCCAGUGAGGAAUCUCAUAUCAUGCUUUGCAUGAAAGCUACUGGAAUUACAAAUCCAGGGUAAGGAAAUGACAAAAACAGCUUCCUGACAUUUUUCUUCCAAUCUGUUAUUUAUUGCCUCAAUGAAAACAUGACUUGGGAUGUGCAUGACAUAGUUUGUCAUGUUUGGGAUGUGCAUGACAUGUGGAAAUAUAAGGAAUGGAAUAAUCAUUCCAGAAGAGACUCCUGUUUUUCUCAAAUUUUCUCUGGACCUCCCAGUAUUGAACUCCGCUAGAAACUAAAGACCUGUGCAGCUGAAUAAGGGAUCAGUUCCCAUGGGACUGCUUUUUUGGCUUCCCAUAAAGGAAAGCAGUUGCUUUUGCGAUGCUAUUGAAGACGUUGCUGAAUUCCCUCCACUCCACCCCAGCAGUAAAGCAAUUUACUGAAUUGAAAGCUGGACUGCACACAGCACAUUGAGAAGCUCACAUGUAUAUAUUUAUAAGCAUAUUUUCCAACCUUUGUGAUAAUAUAAUCAUAAUAAUAGCAACAAUAACCUAUUGCUUGCUCUUAGUGCAUGGCUGUUAAGGUGUCUUCUGUAUCAUCCAAGGUAGAACAUUACUUGAUAGUCCUUUCUCUCCCCAAAGGGGAUUGGAAAGCAUUUGGGUUUACUCAGAAGAGAAAUAUCUGAAAAUCUACCAAUUUUCUAGUUGGAAAGGAAAGAUUGAGGGAAUGAUACUCAGGUGGCUUUACUUGCCAAGCAUCCAAUCAAUGUGUGUUGUAAGAUUUAAGGUCCGAAAACAAUGUUUAAACCUCACUAAAGUAGACCAGUUGAACCAAUGGGAUUUGCAUACAUGUUGAUCAGCAGUUGAUUUUGUGGAUCUCCUCAUGGUGGAACUACUAAAUAGAUUUAGGCCUUGUGAGUACAUGAACAAAUAAGUGAACCAGAAAGGUCCAAGCUAAACAUGGAGCCAUGUGAGUUUGAUUUCAGAUAGCUACCCUCCCCCAUUUCAAACAAGACUGCUUUGGACUGCAACUUUCAGAAUCCCUGAUUGUCCCAAUAUGCUUGCUGGUAAUUCUAGGGGUCAUACUCUAAAAGUAACAUAUCCAAGGUCUUUUCCCCCAAAGCAAUGAUUUUGAGUAGAGAACCAACAUGAAUUUUCAUAUUGACUAUGUAAUUCUUCAGAAUCUUCCUGGGUUCCUUUUCUUCACAUAUGAGAUAAAAUAUGGGCACUCCCGACCCGCCAAAACUUGUUCCUGCCUACCUGCCAUCCCUAGAGUCAAGAGAAACUGCUCAAUCUAUUCCAGGUUUUGCCCAAGCACUAGUAGUUGUUUUUAUUUCAAGAGAUAGCAAUAUUACCAUGUGAUCCUGCCUGCAUUUUCACAGGCUCAAAGUGUGAACAUGCCACAGUGUUAUAAUUCUUUCCAAUUUCUUAUCAUGCUGUGACAACCAUCUGCUCAAAAGACAUGGUCUCCCUGAUGUGAAAAAACUCUCCCGUUAGUGAAUUAACAUUUUUUAUCAUGUCAGAAGCAAUUUGAGAACAUACUGGAAGUCGCUUCUGGUGUGAGCGAAUUGGCUGUCUACAGAGACAUUGCCCAGGGGAUGCCCGGAUGUGUUACCAUCCUGCUGGGAAGCUUUGCUAAUGUUCUCACAAGCUAGAGCUGACAGACAGGAGCUCACCCCAUCUUGUGGAUUCGAACUGGCAACCUUCAGGUCAGCAACCCAACCUUCAGGUCACCAGUUCAGCCAGCACAAAGGUUCAUUGCUCCACCACAGCUCCCAGUGAAUUAACUGAAAAUUCAGUGAAUUAACUGAAAAGGCAUGAGACAGUUCUUUAAUUGUAAUUGAUCUAAGAAGAAGGCAAUUAUAUUAGUGGAUAAAUAGUUGUUACCCUUGGUAACAGUCAUGGUUUAAGCAUUAGACUAUGACUCUGGAGACCGGGCUUUAAUCUAAUUUGUUGAUAUAGGCUUCCUCCAGAUUAGUUUCUGUACAGGAACAUUAGUAGGGUUGGUGUCACCCUGUGCAGUAAUUCACAGAUUGCUUCAUCAGGACCAUCCACAUGCAGAUUGAAAAGUUGCAAUCAAAAUACAUGCCUGUUACCAUCAAAGACACAUUUUAAAGAUAAUUCUAUUAAAUUCCCACUUGUAGAUAUUUUGGUGCCACCUGCAAACACUUCCCCUUGAAAGGGGUAAAUGGGUUUAGAAUUGCAUCAGAAAUCUGUUAAUGUAGGCUUCGCUUCUAACCCCUAAGGCAUGCCUGGGUUCCCAACCUUCUCGGAAAGGGGUUUCCAAUACCAUAGUCCCAUUGGAGACCUCUGCUCUUCAUUCUUUAUAUGAAUAGUAGCUGACUGAUUGCUAAUUUAUUUUGAAACCAAAGCUGAAAGGGGCUUUGAUCAACUGUCAGGCAUUCUAAGUAGAGACCUUUGUUAGCGAGUGUGUAUAGCGGAACCAGCAGCGUCCAGUUAACACCAUGUGCAAAAGACUCAGACCAGGCAGAGGAAUUGAAAGAACAAAGGAACUUUACUUGUUGAGUUGAAGUUAAGUAAACAGUUCAGCAAUCGUACAAUGUCCUUGUAGUUGCAUAGGAUCAAUAACUAAUCAAUCAGCAUUCAAUAUAUCCAGCAUAGCAUAUUUAAACUGCUACUUGACCGUAGCUAGAGAGCCUGUCUUUUCUGUGCUCUCCCUGCAAGCUCAGAUUCCCAACUGACGAACCCAGCCAUCUGCCAGCAAACCGAUACGUUGUUUGAGGCGUGGCUUGCCUCUGCAAAAGCAGCUCCCUUUUUGCAGAGAUCUUUUGCAAGCAACUUUGCAAGGAUUUCUUUACACACACACAUAGCAAUUUGGCGCAAUAACCUUUUUUAUAGAGGCUUGGUAACAGUGGAAACAAAGCAGUGCCCAGCCUUCACAGAAAAUAAUAAAAGUGCAUUAAAAUGUUUAGCUCUUCAGUUUCAGGUUGUAUCAUCAGAUUAUCUGUUUGUAAAAUAUUGAAACAUAAUCCAUCAGACAAAACUGAAAAAAUCAAAUUAGAGGCUACUGACCUUAAAA